AUGACAACCACACAAAAUGCCACCUGCUCUGUCAAAAACUCUAAAUCUUUAGAACAACAAUCUCAAAAUAUUCAACAAUCUCAACCAAUCAAAUACGUUCAUACCACUUGGACUGCAUCGUUUGUUGAAACUAAAAACCCAAUCAAUAAUGGUAAUUUGGAUUUAGGCGGUUCUGAUUUUCAUAAUUCUAACAAUGCCAUUACAAAUUUCAAUACGAUGAACUACUCUUAUAUCGACCCUGAUGAAGGUGAAGAUAUGAUUGUUGAUUUGAAUUCAGGUUCAUUAACUCCAAUCAAUUUAAACACUUGGACUUUGCUCAAUGAUGUUACUGACAAAUUCCAUGACUUAUAG